AUGGAUGUGACACCUAUGGGAAGUAACGCUUCCGCCGAAGAAGCUAAACAAAAUAUUUUCAUCCAUCCGAGUUUAGCUGACUAUUAUCAGAAUCUAACGCCAUUUAUAACGCUGUCGAUGUUUGUCGGCUCGCUGUUACUGCUACUGAAUGUAGCUAUUUUUUCCUAUACUGUUUCCAAGAUUCGCAGCAGCGGUGAUUCCUUCAUCCGUGUUCCAUCCAUAGUAUUGUGUUCUCUAUACCCCAUAAUAUGUGGCGCUGCUUUCACCACCAUUAUGCUGCCAAAGGUUUGGCUUAUAUGCCACACAGUUAUGCAUAUCUGCUUUACUAUUGGGGCGGUCGUGUUUCGUCAGUUGUGCUUCCGUUACGUGGGUUCUGAACUCAACUAUGCGAAAGAAAACGAUGGUUCAGAGAUCUCAAUAAAUACGCCUCCGUGCUGCUGUUGCUGUCUAUGCUUGCCGGCUCUAACGCCCUCAAAAGCUAAGCUAUGCCUGCUGCGAUACAUGGUCUGGCAGAUGCCCGUUUUUCAGGGCUGCAUAAUGUUGGUCUUAAACAUAAUCUACUAUAGAGAACAGGAACUCUAUCGUAGUGUUAGCAUAUACUUCAUACCAUUUCUGGUCUGUUCCAUCCUCAUCGGCAUAUGGGCACUGAACAUUGUGGUGCGUAUGGUGAACUCCAUUCAUUCCGAAUAUGGGCUAACUAAAAAAAUGUUUUGUUUGCAACUAAUCCUUCUGCUGUGCAAACUUCAGUACAUGCUGCUGGACACUCAAUUGAAUAACAUCGAGCUGGGCGGUUAUUAUCCCAUCAACCACACUAUUUACAAACAAACGAUCAUAAAUCUAUUGAUUUUGGUGGAAAUGGUGUUGGUGUCGCUUUUGGUGCAAAAUGCCUAUAAACUGUCGCCAAUCUAG